GUCCCAAAACAUUUCACUUCAAUCCAUUUUUUUCCCCAUUAAUUUUCAAGAAAAGUACUUCACUGCGUUACCGUUCGCAUAAGAAACAUCGCCAAUAUAUCCCAAAUUCCCAACCCCUUCUAGAGAGAGAAAGUAGAGAGAUAGCCUCAUAACAGUGGCGGAAUCUCCCUAUAUAUAUACAAGGGAGAGAGAGAGAGAGAGAGAGAAAGAGAAAGAGAGAAUUCUCAGAGUAGAAAGAUUUUCGGUUGUGAUAUUGUGGCGUGAGGGGUGCAUCGAAUCGAUCCGCCGGCCAUUGUAGCUUACAGAACUUGAUAAUCAGAUAUCUUCCUUGAGAAGAACUUGGGGAGAUUUCAAAUUGGGUGUUUAGGGAAUAAAUUGGUUUAGAUUAGAUUCUGGGAGGUUCUAUAAUUGAUAAAGAUUGCAUUGGUGACUGGGUUGUGGGGUAUUAUUCACCAUUUUGGGGACUGAUUUAUUGUGUGUGUGUUAGUUUCUUGCUUGGUGGAGCAGAUGAAUGUAGUGGGAAAAGUUGGGAGCAUUAUAACUGCAGGUGUGUACUCUGUUGCCACCCCAUUUCAUCCUUUUGGUGGGGCUGUUGACAUUAUUUCUGUCAAACAGCAGGAUGGGAGUUUCAGGAGCACGCCUUGGUAUGUUCGGUUUGGGAAAUUUCAAGGCGUUCUUAAAGGGGCAGAGAAGGAGGUUAGGAUAGAAGUUAAUGGCGUCGAGGCUGAUUUUCACAUGUAUCUGGACAAUUCUGGGGAAGCCUAUUUUAUCAGGGAAGUUGACAGUGAUAAGGAGAAUGAGGGAAAUGAAUUCUUGAAGGAUACCGAUAGUUUUGAUGGUUCGAGAGAGGGCAGUAGUAUUGAUAAUGCUAAUGGCGGAGAAAGUAGUCCGGGGGUGCAUUCUAGACCCGAGCCUAAUGAUGACGAGUCAGAGAUGCAAGAUGAGCGUCUCGCUUUUGGGGUAGAUCGAUUUGAUAGGACAGAGUCUGGCAGGAGAUUUUAUGAGCUUGAUGAUGUGGAUUCUUCUCUUGACGGUUCGAUUGACUUAUCAGGGUACGAAUCCAGUCUCUAUGAGAAUUUAGAAACUGUGGAGCAAGUGUUGGAAUCUCAAAAUUCUGGCUCGGAAGUUGUUUUAGUAAGCGUGGAUGGCCACAUAUUGACAGCACCAAUCUCGUCUUCUGAAAGGAAUACAGAGAAUGUAGAGUUGGCUACACCUCAGUUUCAUCUUGGCCCAGGUGAAGAAACCGACUUUUGUGAAACUAAUACCGAAAUUAACACUGCAAAAGUUAAAUGGGGUACUGAUAAUUUGAGCAGUACGGGAAUAUCUACACAGAGAGUUCCUUCCACUGAUAAUUUGAGCAGCUCAAACAGUGAGCACGGUCCUGCAGAUCACUUGUUAGAAGUUAGCAAAGAAACAUCGUAUGUAGAGGCUCAGGAUCAAGAGCUUCUUAGGAAUGAGAGUGGGGAGAGCACACCAUCAGGCAUCAAGAAAGGCGAUAUCUUUGCAAGCUGUUUGGAACUUCCAGAACUCGCCUUGCAGGUUGAAAAUGAUUCCAAGCUAUCAGACAUAGCGUCUCCAAGGAGCCCUUUAGCAAUCAAUGGAACUGAAAAUGGGUCAUCUGAAAAAUUCGAGAAUAAUGGGCUACCUUCUAGUUGUGAUAUUUCUUGCAGUUCUCCUUUGUCAGAUGUGCAGGUUGAAGCCAAAACCCUUGAUAAUAGUGAUUCUGACAGGGCACAUGUACGUUUUGUUUGUAAUGGUGAAGCCUCGGAGAAACAGAUUGAGGGAACACCAGAUGCAAAAGAAUUAGAAAGUAGCCAGGCAAGAUCAGAUGAGUGCACUCAGUGUAAAAGCACAAGAUUAGAGAUUGCUCUCUGUGGGCACCUUCUUCAUCCUGGAAUGGGUUCGGGUGCUGCUGCAGAAGUCUUCAAUGCAAAUCGAAUAUCUGAGAUGGAAUUUAAAAAUUCUGCAAAAUCAAUAAUCAAGAAUGAAAAUUUGGUUGCUAGAAUUCAGGGGAAAUACUUGUCAUGGGAAAAAGCUGCUUCAAUCAUACUCGGGAUGGCUGCUUAUGACUUGGAAUUACCUAUUGAAUACACUGAUGUAAUUCCUGUUGAGCACGGGGGAACUCCAAAAUCACGGGUAGAUGAUUCUGGGAUCGAGAGGUCUGCUUCUGGACGGCGCUGGAGGCUCUGGCCAAUUCCAUUUAGAAGGGUUAAGACACUCGAGCAUACUAGCAGUAAUGUGUCAAACGAGGAUGUUUUUCUUGAUUCCGAAAGUAGCUUGCAGAACCAGGCUGCAGAUCCAAGUCCAACAGCCCGAGGAGGCAAACUAUCUCCUCGGAAACAACUUGUGAGAACUAAUGUUCCAACCUCUGAACAGAUUGACUCUUUAAACCUAAAGGAUGGGCAAAAUAUGGUGGUCUUCAUUUUCUCUACCAGGGUUCUAGGAGUACAGAAGGUUGAAGCUCAUAUAUACUUGUGGAAGUGGAAUGCAAGAAUCGUGAUUUCUGAUGUUGAUGGUACCAUUACCAAGUCUGAUGUUCUUGGGCAGUUCAUGCCUUUGGUCGGGAAGGAUUGGACGCAUUCUGGAAUUGCUAGACUUUUCUCAGCAAUUAAGGAAAAUGGGUAUCAGCUACUUUUUCUUAGUGCACGAGCAAUUGUCCAAGCAUAUCUGACCAAAAGUUUCCUGUUCAAUUUAAAACAGGACGGGAAAACCUUGCCCAUUGGGCCAGUUGUUAUUUCACCCGAUGGUCUAUUUCCUUCAUUGUACAGAGAAGUGAUAAGAAGAGCUCCUCAUGAAUUCAAGAUUGCCUGUUUAGAGGAUAUCAAAGCUCUUUUCCCUCCAGAUUACAACCCGUUUUAUGCAGGUUUUGGAAAUAGAGACACCGAUGAACUUAGCUAUAGAAAAAUUGGAAUUCCAAAGGGCAAGAUCUUCAUAAUUAACCCAAAGGGUGAGGUAGCUAUUAGUCAUCACCGAAUCGACGUCAAAUCAUACACUUCGUUACAUACUUUGGUAAACGACAUGUUUCCCCCAACAUCGAUGGUUGAACAGGAAGAUUACAACUCGUGGAACUACUGGAAAAUGCCACUGCCAGAACUCGGUAGCUUGUAGAGAUUUGGUUGGUAGGAAGAAGAAGGUAUUUGAAGUUUUGACAGAGAUAGCUUCAGCAGUGCAGGAUGCCACUCACCAUUAUUGAUGCACUUCUAGUCUAGUCUAGUAUAGUAUAUAAUGCCCAGUUUUGUGACCAUAAAGGAUAUUCAUAUUGUCUCCCAAAAACAGGCUUAUGUUGUUCCUUCUAUGAAUACAAGUCAUCAAUAAGUCAAAUAAUGCAAUGUCUACAACUUUAUAUGUAGUCAUGUGUUUCAACAA